GGCACAGCAAAGCUUGUAUUUAGUUGUAGCAAACUGAUGACUAUUCAUUGCAUUUGAGGCGCAGAAAAGACGUCUCCAAGCCAGGAGAACGAGGAGGAAGAUUCAGCAGUCCACUUUGCACUUUCGACUGAGCUGAGCACGACGUUCUUAUGAGCUCUUCAGGCGUUGCCAAUGCAUGCGAUGAAACUAAGAUGCAGGACUGCCAUGAGCAAAUGUCGGCUCUAGAUGAACUGCCCACGCACGCGAGCAUUGUCGCAAGGUUUGGGCUCUACGAAAUUGACGGAUUGUGCAAUCCUCAGGUGAAUGCAGAUGGGACUGUUUGGUGCUCCUGCCUGCACUGCCACUGCUGGCACUCCUAUGUUGAGGGGAGGUUGCCGGAAGGAACGCACGUGCAGUACGAAGUGUUCACACGGGAGUUUGUACACGGCUUGGCAGCCUAUCUACGAGAACGAGCAGCUGUUUACCGCCUGCCGCGGGUGAAAGUAUUAGAAGUGGGGGCGGGUGAUGGGCGUCUCUCUCAUUACCUGCGGCUGCUUCUGGAGCCAAUGCCUGGGGAGGCAAGCAAGGAACCGGUCUUUGAAAUCGUCGCCACGGACAGCGGACAGCGGGGCCUGGCAUCAGGCCAGCCGUACGGACACGAGGUGCACGAGCAAGACGCAGUGGAGGCCCUCGCAGCAGAGCAGCCCCAUAUCGUGAUUGCCUGCUGGCAGCCCUUGGGUGUCGACUGGACCGCAGAAAUUCGCAGGACGGACAGCGUGCUCGAGUACCUUUUGAUUGGAGAAAAGGACGGAGGCAUAUGCGGCCAUCCAUGGUUGACUUGGGGUGUAAAAGCAGACGACUAUUGUCAACAGAGCUGGACUGCAAUGACCACGUUCGGCCGCAACAGGUUGGGAUACUAA